AUGCCCGUCGCAACGCUCUCGGCCAGGACUGUUGCCGUCGCGUCGGGUAUUCUGUUUACAGAGUGGGUUUUACAGUGGCAAGCCAUCGUUGUCAGUCGCCACCGAAAGCGUGCUGGCAUAAAGUACCCCCAACUUUACGCCGAGAAGGCAGAGAUGGACAAAUCUAGGGACGCUUUGCUCUUCAACUGUGUUCAAAGAGCUCAUCAGAACACGCUUGAGAACAUGCCUUUCAUCCUCUCGACGACGCUUCUCACAAGCAUGAACUACCCGUACUACGCCGGCUAUUCUUGUGGUUUCUGGGCGUUCACCCGCGUACUCUACACGCUUGGUUAUAUUACGGGAGAGCCUGCUAAGGUAUGUCCGCAAUUUGACUUACAAGGACAAGCAACCGACUGA